AUGUUGGUGAAAAGGCGGAGAACACAAUCAACAUCUGAUGCUUUUGAAGAUAGGAUAAAUUCAAAAAAUCCAACAGUGAUAAUUCGACAAGGAUAUAGUCUAAAAUCGGUGAUUUGUUUAUGCCUUGCUAUUUGUCUGAUUUGCCAGUUUCUUCUUCCACUGGCAAUUUCAUUUUUGCAAAAUGCGAUCAAAGAAAAACCAGUGCAGAAAUUCAAGAAUUUGGGAGGUUUAAUAUCGGCGAAAUCGGAUUUGAAAAAAUCAGCACCGCAAUUUUUGGUCGAUCCAAUUUACGAUGAAAAAUGGAAAGAUAUUGGAUCGAAAAUGGCAAUUCCAGUUGUUCAUUUACCUGAAGUUGAACAAACCGAUCCGGCAAAAGUGCAAGAAGCAUUGGCUGCAGCAAAAGCUGCUAGAAGGUCGAGAAAAGCUGGGAAUCUGGAGAAGGCAUUGAUUAUAAUUGAACAUGCUUAUGCGAUGGCACCAAAUGUUCCGGAUAUAUUGAUUGAGAUGGGACAAGUUCAAGAGGGGAAAAAUAUGUUGAUUGAGGCGGAUCAAUGUUAUGUUCGAGCAUUGGUUUAUGAUCCGAAUCAUGUUGAGGCUAUUGGGUGAGAUUUUGGGGGAAAAAGUGGUUGUGGGCUAGAAAAAAAUUGAAUAUUUCUCUGGGAAUUUAAAGUUUUCACUCAUGAAAAAAAUGCCCCCAAGUCCCAGGAUCAAUAUUUUCAUAUUUUUCAGUAAAAUUUCAGUCAUUUCUGAGCCUUGAUAUGAAAUUCCGAAAAUUUUAGUAUUUUUUCAAAAUUCUUGAGAAGAUUCACAAUAAAAACAACCAAUUUUAAGCUCAUAAUGAAGUAGAAAAUUUUGGAAAAAAUUAAAAUUUUGAUAUCAAGUUCAAAAAAAUUCAUAAAAUUGAGCUAUAUUUGAAAAUCGGGAAUUCGUAGUGAAAAUAAACAUUCCACCAAAUCUAAAUAUUUUUCAGACUUCGCGCCAAAACAAGUCCCAUCGUUAGUGCAAUCGAUCGAAAAAUGCUAAACGAAGUGCACGAUCUUCGAGAUGAAUUCGCAAGUCUUCAACAUUCAACAGCUCUUCGAAGAAUGAUGCGAGAAACAUAUUUUCUCUAUGUUUAUCAUACUGUCGCAAUCGAAGGAAAUACAUUAUCUUUGGGUCAAACACGAUCAAUUCUUGAAUCUGGAAUGGUUGUUCCGGGAAAAAGUAUUCGAGAGCAUAAUGAAGUGAUUGGAAUGGAUGCAGCUCUUCGAUUUUUGAAUAGCACUUUAUUAUCAAUGGAUCAUGAUAGGAUAUCAAUUGAUGAUAUUUUAGAAAUGCAUCGAAGAGUUUUGGGAAAUGCAGAUCCAAUUGAAGCUGGAAGAUUUCGAAAUACUCAAGUUUAUGUUGGCAAAUUUACACCAAUUUCACCAGAAUAUGUGGCUGAACAAAUGGAUGAACUUGUUGAAUGGUUGAAUGAUGAAAAUACGCUGAAUAUGGAUCCGAUUGAAAAAGCGGCCAUUGCUCAUUAUAAACUUGUUUUGGUUCAUCCAUUUACAGAUGGAAAUGGGAGAACUGCGAGACUUUUGUUGAAUUUGAUUAUGAUGAGAAGUGGAUUUCCACCGGUUUGUUGUUUUUUUCUCGGGAAAAUUAUUUUUCGUCAAUUUUUUUUUUGAAUUUUCAGAACAAAACUCUAUUGUUCCGGCCGAAAUUUUAGUAGAAAUUUUCAAAAAAAAAUUAUGGAUUGAAAAAUUGAAAUUUUGAAAAUAAAAAAAAAUUCCAAGAUUUCCUUUAAAUUUCUGCAUAUCUGAAUUCAUUUCGAUUUUUUCAAAAAAAAAACCUUUUUAUGAAUUUUCAAAAUGUUUUAUCUAAAAUUAAAAUUUGGAAAAAUUAGCUCUCAAAACUUCCAAGCAAAUUUUAAAAUUAAAAAAAAAAUAAAUUUUGAAGAUAAAAAAAUUUUUCCAAGAUUUCCUUAAAAUUUCUGUGUAAAUUAAUUUCGAUAUUUUUUCCCAAAAAAAAACCUUUUUAUGAAUUUUCAAAAUUUAUUAUCUAAAAUGAAAAUUUGGAAAAAUUAGCUCUCAAAACUUCCAAUCAAAUUUCGAAUUUUCUCAGGUCAUUCUGCCCGUCGAAACUCGCGCCGAAUACUAUUCCAGCCUCCACGUGGCAAAUUUAGGCGAUCUCCGACCAUUUGUCAGAUACGUGGCAAAAUAUACCAAAGAAUCCAUUCAACGCUACAUUGGCACAACAAAAACAUCGAAUUGCAUUGGAAAAGAAAAUUUGGAGCUUCAAGAAUGUGCAAUUUAA